CGAUAACGCCAGCGGUCGCAAAUGAAUGAUUCCGAGGACUAAUUCUUUUCGAUUUGGAACAUGCGGAAUACUCGAGGUCGAUGUCUACACGUGUAUGGGUACCGGGUACAUGUAGGACGGGGAUAAAAUGCGAUCAGUGUACUGCAUUGCCCGAUUUCAUCCUACUCGCAGCGAAGCACCUCUCCAAGCACUCAGAAUGGUUCGAAAGACCAAGGAUAAUACUCAAGACAUCGUUGUUGCGUACGUUGGUGUAGUAGAUGUCACUUGGUAUUGAUUUCAUCCAUUCCUUUGCAGAGUAAUGGGUCCCACGGGAUCGGGAAAAAGCAAUUUCAUCAACAAACUCACAGGCAAUAAGGAAGAGUCCAGAGCGGACGGACUCAAGUCUUGUACGCAAGGCAUUCGGGAGUUUACGGUGACCCUCGCCGAUGGCAAACGCUAUGUAUUCGUGGACACGCCAGGGUUUGACGACACUUACCGGUCGGACCGUGAAAUACUUUUCACUAUCGCUGAUUGGUUAGAAAAGAAGUACCGGGGACUCGUAAAACUUACAGGGGUUAUCUACACGCAUCGCAUCAGCGACAAUCGUAUGUCCGGCUCAGUAUGUAAAAACCUCGACUUGUUCGGUCGGUUGUGUGGAGACGGGGCUGCACAGCGUGUGCGGUUGGUGACGACCAUGUGGGAUCAUCAAAAACCGGGGAAUGCAGGAUUGUGGGAGAAGAGGGUGUCGCAACUGGAGGGAAACUUCUGGGAACCUCUUAUCACUCUAGGAGCUCGUCAUGAAAAGUUUCUCAACACACAGGAUUCAGCUUGGAAAAUCGUAAAUGGACUAGUCCCCGCCUGUGCCACCUUGGUAGAUGCGACGCGGAAGUCGGACGAAGCAAAUGCGGGUCAGGCCCUUCUGAUCCAAGAAGAGAUGGUGGACGCGGAGAAGAAGUUGAACGAGACCAGUGCAGGAAAGGCGCUCUACUCUCGAUUCCAGAGGGUACUUCUGGAGCAGAAGGAGACACUCAAGCAACUUGCGAAUGGGCUAGCGGAAAAGGAUCCAAAAGUAGCAGAAAAUUUGCGAGCAGAAUAUGGUAAGUUGGAAGCCGAGAUACAGAAGGCAAUAGAAGAUACGGAGAGAAUGAAGAUACCGUUUGGGAGGCGAAUUGCCUUGUUCUUCGGUCGUAAAAAGACUCACUCUCGCAAGAUUGAACUGAACUUCGUACCAGUAGCAUUAAUAGAUAACUGAGCCCCUUGCUCAACGCUCACUUUUUUCCACCUCAGAGCGUCACGCACUUCGCAUGCGCGAAAUCUGUUGAUGGUUGCACGACGACUACGCUCUUCCUCCACUGUGUAAAUCAUUUCUGGCCAUGACCCGUCUACGCACUACUAUUACGAGCUAAUGAUAUUAUCAUUUGAUUAUCAUGCUAAUCGCUUCCCGUGCCGACUGAGAGGUGUUCUGAUAGCGAAGUG